AUGAACUCUCUACUUAGCAACAAAGUCAUCGCAAUCACCGGCAGCUCCUCUCGCAUCGGCCAAGCCAUUGCAACAGCAUGUGCCCAACACGGAGCUAACCUCGUCCUCCACCACCUCGGCCCCCGAACUGAAAAAGCCGUCUACACCCUCCAAGACAAGCUCUCCACACUGCCCCAAUACGCUGAAGACAACGGACCGGUCGUCUUCAGCGGCGACCUGACAACCGAGCACACAGCCGAGUAUCUCGUCCAGGAGGCCGUGUCGACGUUCGGACGACUGGACGGGCUGAUCAACACCGUGGCAAUCUGCAACUUUAUGCCGGCGCAAGCGGUCACACGGUCCAUCUUGCAGCAACACCUCGAUACCAACUUCGUGGCGACGUAUCUCCUGGCUCAGGCCGCCACGACCCGGCUCACGCACCAGGGACACGGGGGCAGCAUUGUGAAUGUGUCGUCGAUCACGGCGCUGCUGGGCUCGGCGCACCUUACGCACUACGCGCCCGCUAAGGCCGCUGUCUUGGGUAUGACGACGUCAUUUGCUACGGAAUUCGGGAAGUAUGGUAUUCGCUAUAACUGUGUCUUGCCCGGUGCCGUCGACAAGAACUCCUCCCGUGGAGAGGAGGGUGUGCGGACGGAUGAACGGAGGUCUGCGGUGGCGGACACAAGAAUCCCGUUGGCUAGACUCGGUACCCCCGAUGAUGUGGCGGGCGCAGCCGUGUUCUUGGUCAGUGAUCUAUCCGCCUAUAUGACCGGGCAGCAUCUUGUUGUUGAUGGGGGUGCGUCGGUCCACUACCAUCCCACUGACUAG